AUGGGAGCGGAGAAGGCGGGCUCAAAAACCGGAGGAUUCUUUCAUCUGUUCGACUGGAAUAGAAAGUCACGCAAGAAGCUAUUUGCUAAUGGAACCAUUUCCCCUGGUAAGAUCAUGCUGUAAACAGAUCACUUCUAUUUUUCUCGCUUCUUCUCUGAAAUAUUGUUUCUUCUUGUAGUGGGAUCGAAGCAGAGAACGAAUGUCAGUGGGAACGUGCCAACAAUGCGUCCCCCCAAAUUCGUGAGAGCCUCUACCUCUAUGUCUUUUGUCCGAUUGUGAACAAUUUACCUAGAAUGCUCACUCACUCGUGCCUUUCAGAUUGAAGACGACGACACCGGGGUGGUGUCAAGUGUGAAGGGAAGUGAUUACAGUUGUGCCUCUUCAGUUACAGAUGAAGAAGGUCAUGGAGCUAGGGCACCUGGGGUAGUAGCCAGGCUUAUGGGUCUAGAUUCAUUGCCCGGCGCAGGAGUUUCUGAGAAUUUUUCCACCCCAUUAUUUGAUUCACGUUCUCUUCAAGAAAAAUGCUAUCAAAAGGGAAGUCUGGAUACCCAUAUUGAUGAGAAUUUCAGCAAUGUGAGUGGUAGAUCUGAAUGCCAUUAUAGAAGACCAGUGGAGUUGAGGUGUCAAAAGAUGCCCAGCAGCCCAAUUGAAAGGUUUCAGACAGAGGUGUUGCCGCCAAGAUCAGCCAGGUCCUUCCCGAUUAAUCAUUACAAGUUACUAUCGCCCAUUAAAAACCCUAGGUUUUUAUCUGGCAAAGAUGCUGCUCACAUAAUGGAGGCAGCUGCGAAGAUUCUUGAACCAGGACCUCCUAACAUGAAUGCCAAGUCCACAGUUCCUUCUCUUGGGUCAUCUUCUCUCACAGUGAGAGUUCAUGACUCAAAGGAGAACAUCGCAAUAUGUCAGCGAGCAUCAAGGCUUUCAGAAUCUUCUAGACGGUCUCCCGAGCUUAAUGCCCUCAAGCAUCUCAGAGGGCAUUCUCUGAGCGAGAGUUGGGAUUCUCAAGAUGGUGCUACUAGUCUGGGAACAUCUACAGAACCAGGGAAAGAUGGGUUCACCGGUGCCAAGUGUGGGGCCAAAAGUGUUUCGCUCGCUAUUCAAGCUAAGGUAAAUGUCAAGAAGAGAGAGUGCUCAAAUGCAUCAAGUUCGACCUCAUCGAUUCCCAGGGAACCAGAAGACGCUAGGCAGAACCAGCCAUUCAGGAGUCAAUUGAGCUCCAGGAAUAAGGCCCAGAGAAAGGCUUCACCUGGUCCCCCUGGUGUGCUCAAGCAAAAUAACCAGAAACAGAAUGGCCUGCCAGCAAAGGAAAAGUCAACAUCGAAGUCAUUGGUGUCUAACCCGCAGGCUAGGAAAGCUACAUCUGGAGAUUCUAACUCAGGAAGGAGCAAGAACUUCGGGAAGAAUAAGGAAAGCUCCAAGGUUGUUUGCAGAAAGGAAGAUUUGACGACAGCAAAUCCUGAGAAGGAUGCGCCUUCAUCAAGAACACGGAAGAAAAGAUCAAUAGAUGGGAAUUAUCAGUCAGGCAGGAACAGUUUUGCUGAUUCUACUUCAGUCGGCCGACGUGAGAAACGUAUCCAAUCCGCUAUCACGAUUGAUGAACAUAAAAAGUGGGUUGAAGACAUCAAGGGAAAUGACACAGAUGUCGUGUCUUUCACAUUUACCUCGCCUAUGACUAAGCCGGCCCUUGGACCUCAGCCCACUCGUAUCCUUGAGAAGAAUGACAACAUAAGUACGUUUCCAGUAGGCUUGCAAGGAGAACGGGAUACCCGAAAUGCAGAGGACAGCAAAUUAGCCAUGUUGGGUCGGAAUGUACUCAGUGGCGACGCGUUGAGCAUUCUCUUGGAACAAAAGCUGAGGGAACUGACUUCUGGGUUCGUCUCCUCUAACCUGGCUGAAGUGGGUAACAUGUCAUCUCCCACUCCCCUUUUCCCUGGUUCAGCAUCUGCAGAGGAGAACAGCCAUGCAGUGACAAUGUUUGGUGAUCCGAAGUCCACUCCAGAUUCUUGCAGAACUAGAUUCCAUGAUGAAUCUAAUUCUUCCCUCCCAGUCAAUUCCUGGCUGUUCAACCCAAGCCCUAAUAUCCAGGUAUAACAACAUUUUUCCUUGUGCUUUUUGAUUGGAUCACAUUCUAACCCUCACGGCCAGAAUUGGUAUUUAGUUAUUCGCUCGUUUAAUUGUUCACAUGUGCGCCAUGUUCUGGUCUUUGACAAGUCCAUUCUCCGCGUCUGAAUUAAGAUUCUUGGUCAGAUCAUUUGCUUAUAUGAAGAAAUAAGACAAGGCGUCCAAUGUAGCCAAUGUACGUUCUUCUGCGGAGAACAGCAUCUGGGUGAAUCAAUUGAUGAGGUCCUCGGACAACCUAUAGUGUAGGUUUUGCUGUAUGUCCGAUGGAUCAAGUACCCAACAGUUGCUAGAUUGCUGGGGAUGAGGGGGAGCACCACGACUGCGCUAGAAUCUGUGAGACUGCUUGGUAAUAGUGGGGAGACGCCAUCAGCACUGUUGGUGUCCUGUGCUCGAUCCAAGUGUGGGGCCAUCUCCUUCAUUAUUUUUUCUCUGUUGGCAUUGAACUGUCCUAUCCAUCAACGCUGUUUUUGUGGUAGUAGAUUUGUUUGAAUGUCGGCCUUGGUUGAUGUCCUUCUCUUUCCUUCAUCGAAAUAUUGAUGAUUUGACGAUUGGUUCCCAGGGAGCUGAAAGCGCAGGCUUCAGCAACUGUAAUGCCUACAAGGAACCUGAGCGGGAGCAUCCGAGUCCCCUCUCCAUUCUUGAGGCCUCGUUCUCAAAUGAAAGCUACACUUCCUGUGACGUCUCCGAUAGUAUAAAUGGUAUCUCAGAAGGCUGUUCAAGUUGAUUGGUACCUCUGCUGUGUGCUCUGCUAUCUAUCGUCUUUUAAUAUCGGUCUUCCCAUUUUUCUAUUCUCCAGGAAGCAAGAUCCUCUCUUUCUCCGUUGCUACUGGUUCGGGUGGACGGAACCCACCGACGGAAGCUGAACUGGACGUCUGCGAUUCGGCCUCCUCACUCAAGGUCGCUGUAAAAUCGCCUGUGGAACUGACGAUCCCACCGGCGGGCUCCUCGGGGACUUCCCGCCGGAGAGAGGAAGAUUACGUAAGAUCCAUUCUGCGGAACGCGGAUGAGGAAGCUCUGAGCUCGUUGACCCAUUCCGGCGCCGCGCUGGAUCCCCUCCUCUUCGACUGGCUGGAGAACAACCAGGAAGGCUCGAACGGAGACGACGAUGAAGACGACCCCAAGAUCGGCAGGCUCCGGAGGAAGGCUCUGUUCGACUGCGUCGGCGAAUUCCUGGACUCUCGGCGGCGCCGCCACUUCUGCGGUGGGUACCACCGGUGGGCCAGGGGCGUGGCAGCGAUGUCCGGGAGGGUUGACCAGCUCGCCGCAGAGGCCCACGAGGAAGUCUCGCGCUGGAAAACCAUGGGAGACUGGAUGGUGGACGAGUUGGUGGAUAAGGACAUGGGCAGCAGCCCUUCUGGCAGGUGGGUGGACUUCGAAGCGGAGGCUUUCGAGGUCGGCGUCGAGGUGGAGGAGCGGAUCCUCAGUUCCAUUGUGGACGAUGUUCUCGCUGAUUUUUUUAUUGUGUAG